AUGGACGGAGACGGUGACCCAGAGAGCGUGGGCCAGCCGGAGGAGGCCAGCCCGGAGGAGCAGCAGGAGGAGGCGUGCGCGGAGGAGACGAGCGGCGGGGAGGAGCGGCCCGAGGACGAGGGGGAGGAGGAGGCAGCAUACCUGGACGAGCUGCCCGAACCGCUGCUGCUGCGUGUGCUGGCCGAGCUGCCGGCCGCCCAGCUGGUGCAGGCCUGCCGCCUGGUGUGCCUGCGCUGGAAGGAGCUGGUGGACGGCGCCCCCCUGUGGCUGCUCAAGUGCCAGCAGGAGGGGCUGGUGCCCCAGGAGGGCCCCGAGGACGAGCGCGACCACUGGCAACAGUUCUACUUCCUGAGCAAGAGGCGGCGCAACCUGCUGCGCAACCCGUGUGGGGAAGAGGACCUGGAGGGCUGGUGCGACGUGGAGCACGGUGGGGACGGCUGGAGGGUGGAGGAGCUGCCCGGAGACUGUGGGGUGGAAUUCAUCCAUGAUGAGAGCGUCAAGAAGUACUUCGCCUCCUCCUUCGAGUGGUGUCGCAAAGCGCAGAUCAUUGAUCUGCAGGCUGAGGGCUACUGGGAGGAGCUACUGGACACCACUCAGCCGGCCAUCGUGGUGAAGGACUGGUACUCGGGCCGCAGAGACGCCGGCUGCCUGUACGAGCUCACGGUGAAGCUGCUGUCGGAGCACGAGGACGUGCUGGCCGAGUUCAACAGCGGGCAGGUGGCAGUGCCGGCGGACAGCGACGACGGUGGCUGGAUUGAGAUCUCCCACACCUUCACCGACUAUGGCCCCGGCGUCCGCUUCGUCCGCUUCGAGCACGGGGGACAGGACUGCGUCUACUGGAAGGGCUGGUUCGGGGCCCGGGUGACCAACAGCAGCGUGUGGGUGGAGCCCUGA